AUUGGUUUUAUUUUGAAGAACCGGAUGUCCCAGUGCGGGAAGUGUCUUUGCUGUUUUUUCGGGUGAUUACUUCUUCUUCCUUCGGACUUUUGAUUGAGAAGACCAAGAGCUGCUGGAGGACAUUAUUACCGACAGUGGCUCAUUCCUCUCCCACCUAAUACCCGACGAUCAGAUGAGCCUCUUUGCUGUCAUGCUGUAUGACUUGCAGGACAGGAAGUUCCUCCCACACAAGAAGAGGAGAGAAACUUCCAUUCAGGAAGUCAGGGAUGUGCAGCAGUCUCUGCUCAGGUGCAAAACCAAGUUGGAAGCCUCACUGGCGCGGUACAGGAUCAAACACCAGCUCACCUCCGUCCACUGCAUCCUGCCUGAGAGUGUGAAGGGGAAGCAGGAGAGAGCCAGCAGGCUGCUGCUUUAUGCAUGGAUCAACACACUCAGGAGCAGUCUGGACGAGGUCCAAAGUGUGCUGAAGGGUGCUGGCCUCUCUCAGGUGGGUUCAGUCGGGCAGUUGGAAGGACAGACCUUCUGCCUGGACCCCCACUGUGACAACGUGCUGGUGUUUCCCGCCUGGAUGAAAGGAACUCUGGAUUCCACCAAACUGCUUCACGACUACAAACUCAUUUUGCAGGAUAAGUCUUGUUGCCUGACCCCAAAUGCGGCGAUCCCCCUGCUACCGGAGGGAGGUGACGUCCUCAUGGUGGGCAGGUUCUCUGGCCUCACUGUCUCUCACACUGCCUUGCUCAUGAGACACAAAUGUAAAGACAAGUCCAAAGUCCUCGCAUGCGUCAGUCACCUGACAGACGCCCAGAAGGAGGCGCUAUUGCAAGUCAUUGCCGAUACGGGCUGCAAGAAUGUAAAACUGCUCCCUGAGGUCUUCCAGUCUCUGACCAGCGGCGACAAGCGUCUUGGCAAAGUGCAUCUCAUCCUGUUGACGCCCAGCUGCUCCUUGUCAGCGGUCAGCAAUCCUCUGGAAUUCAUGCUGCAAGAGAACAGAGACACAGACCUGCUGCAGGACUUGUCGCACGGCUCCGUGGCCCAGAGCAAGAUGGACGCUCUGAUAGCUCAGCAGAAGGACGACAUCCAUCAUGCUUUGAAGUUCCCUCAAGUGCUGGCCGUGGUUUACGCCACGUGUUCGUCACAUCCAGAGGAGAACGAGGAGUUGGUGACCAGAGCGGUGAAGGAGGCCCAGUUGACGUUCCAGCAGGAAUGGCGGCUAAAACCCCCCAACUUGUUGAGGAGUAAACAAACCUCAUCUAAUCCUCCUGACCAGGCAGAAGGCCCAGAAAUCAAGGACUCCUUCUUCAGGCUGGAUCCCUCCGAACAGAAUAAUGGCUUCUUCCUGGCCGUUCUUGUCAGAGAGUCCACACUCCAAGAGCCACCACAGGAUGUCACAGCCCAGGUGCAGACCAGACUCAAACCCGCGCGCACGAGAUCCAAACCACUAAGCAGAAAAACGCAGGGCGUUCAAAGCAAAAAGACGACCAAAGCCAACUUCUUCUCUCCACCACCUGAGCGUCAGAUCUGUGUCAAAGCUCCGCCUCUUUUCCCUCAAGCAACAGUGGCCAAAGUGCGCACACAAUCAUGUCAGAGUUGUGUUGCCUCAGACUGCAACCAAGCCGAGUCCCUUGUCAUCAGAGCAGGACAACAUCUCGGAGAAGACGUCACCAACUCUUCAUAUACCCAGCGUCCCAGACCCCCUCCCCUCUCCCGCGUGGUCCCAAAGGUGCGUCCCCGCAGGCUACGUCAGUUGGAGCUCAAGCCCGCUGUCAUCGUCCUUCCUCCUCCUCCUCUUCCUCCUCCUCCUCCUCUGCACACCCAAAGGACAAAUUCUCCCCCCUCUCACCUUGCCGGAAGCUUCUCUAAAAGCACACUGAUCAAGCACAAAUUGAAGUUUUGUGUCUAAAUCAGGGGUGUGGCCCAAAAGUCUGGGCCCCCACACAAAAUAUCCCCCCCCCCCCCGCCCCACACCCUAAACCCCACCUGUUUACAUACACCAAAAAUGAACUCAUUGUGUGAAGCAUGCUAACUUUUUUAGCACAUUUUUCCAUCCAUUUACCCCAGUCAUACAACUUGAUACAUGCCAACAUUAGCAUGCUAACUUUUUUAGCACAUUUUUCCAUCCAUACAACUUGAUACAUGCUAAGUCUUAGCAUGCUAACUUUUUUAAAGCUACUUUGAGUCCAUUUACCCUAGAGUUAUACAACUUGAUACUUGACACAUGUGUACUCCUAGCAAAACAACAUUAGCAUGCUAACUUUCUUAGCACAUUUUUCAGCCAUUUACCCCAGUCAUACAACUUGAUAGAUGCUAAGUCUUAGCAAGCUAACAUUAGUGUGCUAACUUUUUAAAGCAAAUUUGCGUCCGUUUACCUCUGAGUCAUACAACUGGAUUCUUGACACAAGCAAACUCUUAGCAUACUAACGUUUUUGUCAGCUAAUUUUGAAUUUGUUUACCCCAGUCAUACAACUUUAUACUUGACACAUGCAAACUCUUAGCAUGCUAACUUUUUUUCAAAAAUAAUUUUGAAUCCGUUUACCCCAGUCAUACAACUUGAUACUUGACACAUGCUAACUCUUAGCAUGCUAACUUUUUUCAGCUAAUUUUUAAUUUAUUUACCCCAGUAAUACAACUUGAUACUCGACACAUGCUAACUCUUAGCAUGCUAACGUUUUUAAGCUAAUUUGUGUCUGUUUACCGCAGUGUCCAAAAACUGCAUACUUGACACAUACUAAAACAGCAUGCUAACUUUUUUUAAUUGUAUUUGUGUUUUUAGCUAAUUUUGCAUCCUUUUACCCCAGAGUCAUACAACGUGAUACUUGACACAUGCUAACUCUUAGCAUGCAAACCUUUGUCCCCCAGCUAAUUUGCAUCCGUUUACCCCAGAGUCAUACAACUUGAUAGUCAAGUAUAAAGUUGCAAGACUGUAGGGUAAACGGUAGGAAAAUUUGCACACAAAAAAAGUUAGCAUGCUUAUUUUGGUAUGCUAGCAUGCUAACACUUACCAUGCUAACUUUUUUAUUGUAUAUAUUUUUUAGCUAAUAUUGCAUCCUUUUACCCCAGAGUCAUACAACGUGAUACUUGACACAUGCAAACAGUUAGCAUGCUAGCAUACCAAAAUAAGCAUUCCAACUUUUUUUUCGGGUGCAUAUUUUUCUACCAUUUACCCUACAGUCAUGCAACUUUAUACUUCACGUAUGCUAACUGUUAGUUGGCAUGUUAACAUUAGCAUGCUAUGUAAGCAUGUUAACUUUUUCAACCUAUUUUUCAACCAUUAACCCCAAAGUCAUACAACUUGGUCGUUGACACAUGUUGUUAGCAUGCUAGCAUAUUAAAAUUAGCAUGCUAUCUUUUUAAGCUAAUUUUACAACCGUUUACCCCUGAGUCAUACAACUUGAUACUUGACACAUGCUAACUCUUAGCAUGUCAACGUUUUUAAGCUACUUUGCGUCCCUUUACCCCAGUCAUACAUUUUGAUACUUGACACAUGCCAACACUUAGCAUGCUAACUUUUAUUUUUAUUUUAUUUUAGCCAAAUCUGCAUCCUUUUUACACCAGUCAUACAACGUGAUACUUGACACAUGCUAACAGUUAGCAUGCUAACUUUUUUUUCAGGGGGGAAUAUUUUCUACCAUUUACCCUACAGUCAUGCAACUUUAUACUUGACAUAUGCUAACUGUUAGUUAGCAUGUUAACUUUUUCAACUUAUUUUUCAACCAUUGACCCCUGAAUCAUACAACGUGAUACUUGACACAUGCUAACACGUAGCAUGCUAGAAUACCAAAAUUAGCAUGAUAACUUUUUUGUGUGUGCUAAUUUUUCUACCGUUUACCCUACAGUCAUGCAACUUUAUACUUGACAUAUGCUAACUGUUAGUUAGCAUGUGAACAUUAGCAUGCUAUGUUAGCAUGUUAACUUUUUCAACUUAUUUUUCAACCAUUCACCCCAGAGUCAUACAACUUGGUCGUUGAAACAUGCUAGCUGUUAGCAUGCUAACAUGUUAAAAUUAGCAUGCUAACUUUUUUAGCUAAUUUUCUAACCGUUUUCUCCGGAGUCAUAUAUCUUCAUACUUGACAUAUGCCAAAGGUUUGCAAUGUUUUUAGCCAUUUUGUCAGAAGUGCACCUUACAGUCAUUAAGCUGCAAUUAAAUAUCAUUUUUUGGGGUUAAUUUAAAUCAAGCAAGCGAGUAUUAACCUGAGAUCAAUCACAAUUAAUAUAAAUUAAAAAUGUGAUUCAUCUGAUUGAAAUCAAGUCAUCAUUUGACAACAGUAGUUAUUAUCUGUCUUCAAAACCUGGUGGCGCCUCAGUUUCUAACUUUAAUCAGAGGUCUUUGAAUGCACCACAAUGAGAUACAAAAGGUAAACAUACCUUUCUCCUAUGCUGCUUAUAUAUAUUUUUAUAAACCAUUUUUCUUUAAAUGUUGGUGCUGUGUGCGAAUGUUUAAAGUAUUUAGCCAUUCUUCAUUUGGUUCCUUAUUUUUAAAUGAUUUUAUUACAUUUCUGACAUCUUUUUGUGAGGAUGUGCAACCAUCUCUGGUUUAACUUCAUGCUGUCAUCAGAAUGAGUCAAUGAUGCAACACUCUGGGAAGCUGAAGCGUUUUUCUUUUUACUAUUUUUAGUGGUUACCCUUUUUUUUAAUAAUUGUAAGUAAAACUAAAAUGUUACUUGUUCAGUUAACAUGCUUUAAUUGUAUUACUACACAAAGAAUAUUAGUUUGUAUGCUAUAAUAAAAGUUUUUAUUACCUUACCGAUCUGAAUAUAGGACCUUUUUUUAGAUAUAUAUUUUUAAUAAUAAACCCGCAGCUAAAAGCAACUGCGUGAGAACGUAUACUGCAGGGGUCACCAACCUUUUUGAAAGCAAGAGCUACUUCUUGGGUACUGAUUAAUGCGAAGGGCUACCAGUUUGAUACACACUUCAAUACAUUGCCAGAAAUAACCAAUUUGCUCAAUUUUUGCUAUUUUAUUAUUA